AUGAAGGGUCUGCUAGUCGUGUCAGUAGUACUGGUGCUGUAUUUGAGUGCUAUCCAAAGCGCCAAACUAGUGAAACGAUCGCCCGGUGUUGGGUUCACCAGAGGGCGUAUAGUGGGCGGUAAAAACGCGGUCGAGGGUCAGGCCCCCUGGCAGGCCUCCCUACUCGUGAACGGGUGGUUCGGGUGGAGCCACAACUGUGGCGGCACUUUAACCGGCAAACGAUCGGUCGUAACGGCAGCUCAUUGUACGGAGGGUUUAACCAAAGACACCAUAAAAAUACAAUACGGAGGGCUCGAUAGGACGGCAUUGAAAUACGAGAAUCCCAUUGCCCUGAUAAAUGAGCAUGAUCAGUGGAACAAAACGAGUCGAUUUGAUUACGACUACGCGGUCAUCAACUUAGAGCGAGACAUCGAAGUGGGCGGUAAUGUCGGGACACUAGAGUUGGCACAAACCGAGCCUAAGACGGGGGAUAAGGCAGACCUGACCGGAUGGGGAGCUACAGCGGGCAACAGUGGGAGUGAUGGGCAAGGGGAUGUCAUGUGUGUGGGGGUCUUACUAAACGUGGGCAUUAGGUCAAUAUAUAACCAGGGUGACUCGGGUGGACCACUAGUAUCCGGUGGCAAACUGGUGGGCAUAGUGUCGUGGGCCCGGUCUGACUGCACACCCGAUACCCAGAACUUUCCCAACGCCUACGCAAACGUUGCGGUCCUUUAUGAUUGGCUCAAAGCCAGA